AUGACUGAUUUACUGAAUAGCAAACUUGGCCUUUAUCAGCAGACUAGAGGCCAAGCUAACAUUCAUCACGAUGAAGUUGUGCCUCUUUUUUGCAAUUGCCCAUUUCGUGUCGUCCAGCUUUCGGAGCUUGUCAUCGGAUUGACUCGAUACCACUUGAGUCCGAUGCUGUCCAGUAUCCUCCAGCUCACCUCACUGCAACACGAGCUGGCGUCAACCUUCUGCCGCCCUUCGGUUUCCUCAGGCCUUCUGCGUCUGCCCUGGAUCCUUCUGAUGGGCCCUGGAAUGCCGCAAAAGCAAUCCACUUCACAGGCGACGGGACCUACAGAAUUCCUCCAUGGCAUCGAAGAGUUGUUCAAUUCACACUGUCUCAGUGGUCAUGAAACGCAAUGUCGGCAGCUCGAUUUGCUUGACAUGGAGGACUUGGCGAAAUGGCACUCGGAGCUGCAGCAGAUGUGUUCAUUCUCAGGAGACAAAAUGUCAUACAGUCGGGAAGGUAUGAUGCUUCUUCAUGCUUUAUCUUCUUCAGCAAUUAUGCUUUUCACAUCUCUUCUUUUGGCUUGCGUAAGUAGGCAAGCUAAUCUAAACUGUACUACCUUUCGCAACUUGGUUGGGUUGCCACAAUAA